CGCCUUUCUAGGGUUUCCAAUCCUCUAAAUUCGCUUCUACACGGCGGCGCCGGCGGAAUUAAAAAAAAGAAGAAGAAAAUGUCUCUUUCUUCAACCACCACCACUUGCACUUCCCUUCUCCAAGAACUACAGAUAUUAUGGGAUGAGAUUGGUGAAGGCUACAACGAGAGAGACAAGAUGCUCCUUGAACUCGAGCAAGAAUGUCUUGACAUAUACAACAAGAAAGUUGAGAGGACUCGUAAGCACAGAGCUGAGUUACAACGUUCCUUAGCUGAAUCUGAAGCUGAGAUCGCUAGCAUCGUGUCUGCACUUGGUGAACAAGUCUCCUUCUCAAGGAAAGAAGGCUCUUUGAAGGAACAGAUCUCUUCUGUGAAGCCUGUGUUGGAAGAACUGUUGAUGAAAAAGGAUAUGAGAUGGAGAGAAAUAUCUGAGAUAGUGAUGCAAAUAGCGGAGAUCUCUUCUAACAUUGCUGGGAAUGAUUGUCCUGUUAGCUCUGGUUUGGAAAUUGAUGGGAGUGAUUUGACGAAAAGGAAGUUGGAUGAGCUUAGAGCACAUCUUCAGGAUCUUCGUAAUGAAAAGGCUGUUCGACUAGAGAAAGUAAACUCUUAUAUCAGUGCUGUACAUGAGUUGUCAGAGAUUCUUUCAUUCGAUUUCUCUAAGGCCCUGAGUAAUGUCCAUAAAAGUUUGACUGGGGCUUCGAAAAGCAUUAGUAAUGAUACUCUUGCUAGAUUAGCAGAACUUGUAGAGUCUCUGAAGAAGGAGAAACAUCAGAGGCUGCUUAAGCUACAAGGUUUGGGAAGAACCAUGGAGGAGCUGUGGAACCUGAUGGAAACACCUAUGGAUGAGAGGAGAAGCUUUGGCAACUUAAGUAUUUUACUUUCUGUUCAAGCUGAUGAUACCUUGGGAAAAGGAUGCCUCGGUCUAGAUAUUGUCCGAGAGGCUGAAGAUGAAGUGAAAAGACUGAAUGCCCUGAAGUCUAGCAAAAUGAAGGAAUUGGUUCUGAAGAGGCAUUAUGAACUAGAAGAAAUCUGCAGAGAGGUUCAUAUGGAUGGCAAUAGCGAUGCUGCAAGACAGAGUCUUAUAGACCUCAUUGAUUCUGGUGAUGCUGAUCUGUCUGAUAUUCUGGCAACCCUAGAUGCUCAGAUUGAGAAUGCAAAAGAGGAAGCUAUAAGCAGAAAGGAAAUUUUGGACAAAGUUGAUAAGUUGAAGCACGCAAAAGACGAAGAAAAAUGGCUUGAUGACUAUGAAAAGGAUGAAAAUCGCUUCAGUGCUGUAAGAGGAGCGCACAAAAAUUUAAAACGCGCGGAGAAAGCUAGGAGCCUUAUCAGCAAAAUUCCUGCAAUGAUCGAUGGUCUGACCACCAAAGUGAAAGCCUGGGAGAAAGAAAGAGGAGUCCUCUUCUUAUGUGAUAUGCACCCGUUGUUACAAACACUGGAAGAAGAAAUGGUUUUGCGUGCUCAAAGAGAGGAGGAAAAGCGUCAAUUCCGAGAGCAGAAACGACUACAAGGUCAGCUAGCUACAGAGAAAGAAGCAAAGUAUGGUUCAAAGUCUGCAAAGAAGAAGCCAUUGGGACAGAGUCUUAACACAGACAAUGUGACUAAAACACCAGUUGGUCGACGGAUUGGGACAACACCUGGACCUUCUGGUGGCAAAGGUUUUAGAGACAGCGGAAGAGGCAAUGCUGUGAUUCCGCUGAACUAUGUUGCUCUUCAGAAAGACGAUUGA